GUUGCACAUUUACUACUGGAACAGAAACUGGCAGAUUGCGCAGAAUUUAUCUUUAUCAAAAAAUAGAAAGGCAGCAGAUUACUUUAUGAAGUUGCUACUCCACUGUUCAUCUGAACAAACCAGCAGCUGCUUCUGUGUAAGAAGGUUCAUUUCAUCCUGAGUUAAGUCCUCCUUAAGAUGAACCCAACAGAAGAACUGGCUUCUCUGAACAAAGAUGACGAGUCUACAGCUGAAUUGGAUUCUAGUGAGACUUUUGAUUGUCCAAUCUGCCAAGAAGUUCUCAGAAUGCCUGUUAUGACACAAAGCUGCAAACAUGUGUUUUGUAAAAGCUGCUUUCUUACAGCAGUGAGAACCCGAGGACUUCAAUGCCCAAUGUGCCGUGGGCCUGUGAAGGAAAAUGAAAAAAAGGCCACUGCUGUCAGUCGCAGGAUGAAUAUAAAGAAAGGCAAAUGCCGUGCUUGCAGUGCUGAGAUGUACUUUAGCAAAAUGAGAUCUCACUACAAGUACUGCCAGCUGUACAAGGAUGAAUAUGGCAUUCUUCUUGCAACUCCAGUUGUGCCUCGAUCUCAAAUCACAGGCAGAGUGAGUGUACCAAUGAACCGGAGAAGCUAUGAUAACAAUGGACAAAUAAUGCAAAGCUUGAGAGAAACCUAUUCCUGUCCAUACUGCCAACUGAUGGGACUUUCGGACACAGCCCUACUGUCACAUUGCAACAGUUAUCACACAGGAAAUCACACUUCUGUGGUGUGUCCUAUCUGCUCAUCUAUGCCAUGGGGGGACUCAAACUAUCCAAGCAGAAACUUUGUUGAACAUUUAAAUCUGAGGCACAGAUUCAACUAUGCUGAUUAUGUGAAUAUUCAUGAGGAAGAAGACUUGCAUCUAGAAACUGCUAUUGAGGAAUCUAUUGCUGAGUGGAAUAAUGGCCUGAUUGGACAUCUGGUCUGACCAAAACAACAGCCAUAGUCCGCUAUGAAUUCCAGGCACUGAGCAUCGCAGACAAUUAAAAAAAAAAAAAAGAAAAACGAAAAAGAAAAUGUCAACACAUUUGGUAUUUACAUAGUUGCACUUCUUAUGUACGUCUCAGAUUUUCUAUAUUUUCUUUUCUGUUAAAAUUACUCUUGAAUAUAGGUAAACUAAUUUCUAAAAUCUUUAUUUUUAGACAUCAAUAACAAAUUGAUAUUUGAUUAGCAUGCCGUUUGUACAAUACAUUUUAACCCAAAAUUAUAAUUAAUAAUAAAAGAUUAGACAGAGCUCCUGAAUUUUAACUUAAUGAUAUACCUUUCAACAAAUGUUUUGGUUCACUCGUGAUAUUGAGGAAAAAAAAUGUAAUUAAAAACAGCGCUGAACUGCAUUAAUUAAAGAAACAAUAGAUUUAAGUUUCACAAUAUAAACUGUAGUCUCUUCUAUAUGAAAAGAUUAGCAAUGAAGUGUUUCAUAAACCAUGUAGCAUAUAAUCAAAUGUAUAUCGACAAUACUUGCACAUUAAACAAUAAUGAAGCCAUCAAAAAUAUUUGUAUAAUACAACAGGUUUCCCAAGGGGCCAGAGAGGGGCUUAUAGCAGAGGCUGGGCCACAAGGCUGAAGGCUAGCAUAACUGGUAAAAGGGACAGUGUCAACAAAGGAGAACACUGCAACAGAAACAGAAUAUGCCAAUUAAAGAGCUUCCAUCUCCAAUGCGCACUGGUGG